CCCUCAGGCGAUAUUGCCCUAGAUUUAUAUUCGUCAUCCUCAUCGUCAUCGUCCUCUAACCCUUUUGCCGCCUCUCCCUCUAGCAUUCGCGGUCGAGACAUCUUAGUUUUUACUGGUUCAUCGUAAGCGCGCGAUCAGCAUGGUUCUCCAAAACGAUAUUGAUUUGCUUAACCCACCAGCCGAGCUGGAGAAGAAAAAGCACAAGCUCAAGCGCCUCGUGCAGUCCCCUAACUCAUUUUUCAUGGAUGUCAAGUGCCAGGGUUGCUUCAACAUAACCACCGUGUUCAGCCACUCCCAAACUGUUGUGGUGUGUGGGAACUGCCAGACUGUUUUGUGCCAGCCUACUGGUGGCCGUGCUCGGCUUACUGAAGGGUGCUCCUUCAGGAGAAAAGGAGAUUGAUCUGUUGUUGGCGAAUGCCACUUAAUUUGGAGGUGCUAUAAGCGAAAGGAACCGAGCAAUUGUGUUUUUAUUUCAGAUUUUGUUUUUUGUCCUUUAAUAGUUACUUUUCUAGGUUUGGAUUUCAAUUUUGGGAGUUACAUAACUAUGUCAUUGUUGCGUUUUAAUUUUAUGGGUAAUUUACAGUGAGUAACAUUAUAAUCACUGUUUGGAUCUCUAUCUUUGAAUUCUCAUACCUUUGGUAUUUUCUUC